AUGACGCCGACUGUGGAAGAUGCGAGUUCUGGUCAAUCUGUUUUGGGAAUGAGCGAUGUGGCGAUGAGUGUCCUCGACGAUGGAACCAAAGCAGUCGGUGAGAUUGAGGUCGAGGUCGAGGCUCCUGUGGAGGUGGAAUGUCCUAGGCAGCACGGCGAGGUGGAAAAGGACCUAGAGAAGGAGGACGAUAAGGAAAAGGAGGACGUGGUGAUGGACGAAGAUGAGAGUGAGGUGGAGAUGGUUAGUAUAGGGAGUGGGAGCGAUCUGGAAGGGUAG